AUGCAUCCGAUCGUGCACCAUCCUGUUGUGACCAAAAUAUCAGAGCUUUUUGGCAAUGGAGACUUUGAAUCUCAGCUGGGUUCUGCUCUCAGUCCACUUGGGCCGGGUGAUCGUGUCUGCGUACGUAUUGACGCGGUGAUUUGCGUCACGAAUACAUUCAGCUCGAAUGCAGCUGCUGAUGAUGGCAUGUCGCUGUCACUCGGAUGGUUGACCGUGGAAAACAAGCAACCCUUGACGAUAACACCGAGACAGGCCGCACUGCUGAGGUCUUCACUAUCACCGGACUCUCCUUCGCAACCGGGCUGUGAUGGCGGCCCAGUGACUCCUCAGUCCAUAUCCAACGAGUAUCACAAUCCGAGGCGCAAGACUGUCAGUGGGCUUCGGCUGUCAAAUCCAUCAGCUUUGUCGGCGACGAAAGAAAAGCCAGAGUCGGAUAGUGACACAAAUGCGGGACCUGGUUCACAACCAUACGACGUGAGGAUUCAACCUUCCGUUCGUCAGUUCCACAGCGACGCCCGCUUCCCUCAGCGCAAGAGAUCUACGAAGGAUGGAAGCGCACCUCCGUUGCAACCGUCUUCUAUAGAUAAAUUUAUCUUGGGCAUUUGGAUGCAAGUACAUUCGCCAAUCACUUUGAGUGUAUCAUUCCCGGACCGCAGACCCGGAAUCAAUGUCGGGACUGGUGUCAGUCGAGAAGUCUUUCGAGUGAUCAGCAGUCUGUGCAAAGAAUAUAAUAACCAAAGCAGGUCCUCACGGGCUCUAGAAAUGGUGGUCCAGGCCCAUUGGGUGGAAUGCUACGAAGCCCGAAUCGCCUCCAUUCUUCUUGAACAUCCAAGCUGUACGAAAUCUGAGGCUCGAAUCAUGGCGCUGAAAGAAGCCUGCAGCACCUUGGGCUGGCAGGAGAAGGAACUCCGGAACCGACUGAUUGGCUUCAACGAUGGAUUGGCUGCUCGCUUGCGUAGCAAUGCGUCGAGUCUCGAAGUUGCCGCCGAUACGCUGCACCCUGGAUGGCGGGAUCUUCUCCGAAUCAUUGAUCAGAACGAGCAACCUCGAUAUUCUGGUCACCCCCACGAAUGGGUCAUGGUCGAUAGCGGACCUGCAUUGCCGCUCAAAAACACAUACUCUCAUCUUUCGUCGCCUGCCGAGUUCCAGUUCGAGUUUGUGAACGACUGUGUGAUUGACCAGACCGUCUUCGGGGCAGAGGACCCUCGCCGUGAGCCCGGUAUCGAUCCAGAUUUCUGCCAAAUAUGCAAGGAACAGCAGGCUGAUGACAUGGCUUCCAAUCACUGUUCCUGCUUCCCGACAUUAUUUGGGAGUGUCCGGUACCCUCCGCCGGUCCAGAUAUUCCACACUGCGAGUGGGAAGAACAACGGGGUGGUCGCCCGCUGUCACUUUGAAAGAGGCACGGCUAUUGCUGAGUUUGUCGGAUUCAUUACUCGCGGGAUUGACGGGGUAGACGUGAUGGUGGGUGGCAACGCCGAACGACCGUACCAGAUCUUUCAGGGAAAGAUGGGCAAUUUCACACGGUUCAUCAAUCACUCUUGUCGCCCCAACAGUCAGUUCCAGAGGUUUUACUGGCGUGGAACAGAACGUGUGCUGGUCGUCUCUCGCGGAGUUUCAGCUGGCAGCGAAAUCACGGUUGACUAUUCGGAUCUUUACUGGAGAAAGCUGAGAAAGAACUGCCUGUGUGGGGAGCCAGGUUGCCGCUAUGCUCAUCAGGCGGACCAAGGCUAG